UGUUGUUAUGUGAUAUAUUAUGCUAUUUGGAAAGAUUCUAUACAGACUGAAUAUAAUUGUUUGUGUCAGUUUAUCAAAGUUUUUAUUAAUACUUUAUUAUUAUUGUUUCAAAAUCAAACUUGUCGUAUUUUAGUUCACCAAUUGCAUUAUUAAUUUUUAGCGUAAUGGAAAUUCAUGCCAACCAUUUAAAUUGUGAAUUGUAUAAUGUACGUUAAAGGACGUUAAAAUUUAACGGCAUUCUAUUAGAUAGUUUAUUGACAUUCCUGAUAUAGUUUUAUAUAUCAUUCUAAACGUUAAUUUCGUCAGAACAGUCAAAAUUGUCUAAAACGUUUAAUUAAUGUUUCAUAGGCCCCUUUAAUAGCUUUGAAACCAUAUGAUUUUCUUGUAAUGAUAUUCACCAUAUCCUCUCUAUGUUCACCUAAAUCUCGGUGUGUUCUUUGGUGGUCGGCAGGCAGCCUACGCGUCCAGUGCAAUAGCGAGGGCCAAUGCGAUGUUGCAAGGGGUUCCACGGCUUUGGCACUCAGGCAAAGGACAAGAUGCAUAUUCUAGCAAGAUGAAGGUUUAGAAAAUUUGCCAACGGAACUACAACGCAAUUUCCAUCUAAUGAGAGACCUGGACCAAAGAGCUCAGGAUGUUAUGCGGAAUAUAGACCAGAUUUCAGAUGAGUACCUGUCAGGCGUCAAGGGCCUGAGUCCGGAAAAGCGCUCGGAGCAGAUGAGCAAGAUCCAGAAGAUGUUCAACAGAGCCAAAGAAUAUAGUGACGAUAAAGUGCAGCUUGCGAUCCAGACGUAUGAGCUGGUUGACAAACACAUAAGAAGACUGGAUUCCGACCUUGCGAAAUUCGAAGCAGAAAUAAAGGAGAAAGCGCUAAAUAAUAAUAAAAAAGAGGAGGAUACGAGUAGUAAAAAGAAAGGGAGAAAAAAGAAAGAAGAGAAGGGUAAGAAUAAGAGAAAAGGUGGCAACCAAUCGGACGAGGAGGAGACGACCCCCAAGCCAGGACGGAAGAAGCAGAAAAAGAAGAUGGAGACGGACUCAGCCAUCAAGUCAGUUCUUCCUUGCCUGUCCAUUGCGCACCCUUCAGAUGUCAUGGACAUGCCAGUCGAUCCUAACGAACCUACGUACUGCCUAUGCCACCAGGUGUCUUAUGGCGAGAUGAUUGCCUGCGACAAGAUGGAUUGCCCAAUUGAGUGGUUCCAUUUCGCCUGUGUCGGACUCACCACAAAACCAAAAGGAAAAUGGUAUUGUCCAAAGUGUUCAACAGAGAGAAAGAAAAAGUAGUGUUGUGGGCUAGUAACUUUUUAGGAGAGAUGUUUAAAUUACGCUAUUUUCAAAAAUAAAUGAAUGAAAUAAAAUUAAAAAAAAAAUAGAUGAAUAAAUGAAUGAAUGAAUAAAUAAAUAAACGAAUAAAUAGAUAUUAGGUUAGGACUGUUAUUUGUUGUGUAUAGGUCUCAUUUUUUAAGUGGGGAAUUUUUAAAUAGAUAGCAGAAGAUAUAGAGUUCAAGGGCUAGUGAUUAUAUUAAUGGUUGUCCGUGGAUUUCUAGACUUCUUACAAAAUAUGUCUAGUUUUGAAUACAAUCAUGUUACAGUAUUAUAAUUUAUAAAUACUUCCAGUCUCGCAUAUUUAUUUUUCAUGCCAUUCGAUGCUCCCAUUUUUUCUUUUCUUUUUUAUAAUGGCUGAUCAAAAGGUAUAUGUAAAGAAAAGUAUAUAAAAAAAUGGAAAUUAUAUUCUUAUUUUCAUGUGAUUUUCAAGACAUUUUAAUUGUUUUAAAACUUGCGUAUGGAAAAAUGUUCACGAAACACAAAUGUGCAUUUUCUUUCUCUUCUUCAAAUAGUUAGUCCCUGAAGGCUAGAGAUUAGUCAUAUUUUUUUAUCACUAGGGUAGGAGUAUUGGAGGACAAAAUAGCAUGCAAGAUCUAUUUUAACUGUACCGUUGUUUUUGUACGGACUGAAAGUGAUAUUUUAGGAUAGAGUAGUUCUCGUCUGUUCUUCUCUCUGUCGUACCAGAUUUUUGGUUCAUUUUUUUAUAUUUGAAUUUCAUUUGCUUAUUAUAAUUUUUUUUUUUUUUCAUGAUUUACUUUCUUUUCUCUUUUCUAUGUAUUUUUUUAAAACUGUUAUACCAGAUACUUUUUAUAUAAACAUUGAAACACACAAGCAUCAGAAUGACAUAAUGAUAGAUAGAGAAUAUGAAGUAAUAUAGAAUGG